CCCACCCACAGGCAGGUUCAGGGGGCCACGGCCCUCCAGUCAGGCCUUCAGGGCCUUGAGGCUGAGGCGGCUGAAAACCUGGUCCUGCUAGGCACGGGCAGCCUCGCCCUGCAUGAUCCCCAUCCCUGCUGGCCCGACCUGGCUGCUCAGUUUCUCCUCUCAGAGCAGAACUUGGAGAGGAGCAGACUGGUAGCUGAGCUCAGCGGAGCUGUCCAGGUGUGCAUCCACACCGGGGACGUCACCGAGGACCUGCUGCUGGGCUUGGCAGAACUCCAAGGUGUGGUGCUGAUGGCCUCAGGGCUGGAGGAGCAGCUGAAAGUGGGCGCCUUAUGCCACAAGCUGGGCAUCUGCUUUCUGGUGGCUGACACCUGGGGCCUGGUGGGGCAGUUCUGUGACUCCGGUGGCCUCACUGUGCAGGACCCUGCAGAGGCAAAGCCCCUGACGCUGCCCUCCAGCAAGCCCCCUCUCGUCCAGGGCUCUCCCAGCGUUCUCACUGCGAGAACAGAGGCUGAUGUCCACCGCUCCUGUGAUGGGGACUCAGUGACUUUCUCGGGCAUUGGGGAUGGGGCUCAACUGCUGUGCUCCCAGCCUGGCGGAGAGCCGGGGAAGCCCACCUCCUCCAACUCCACGCUCAGCCCCCAGCCCCACAGGGCCCUCGGCCUUGUCCUGGAGACAGGUUCUCCCUCCACCAUCCUCGAGGGGCAGCAAGGUCGGGGGCACGACGCGGGACAGGAGGGCAUGUGGGAACUACUCAGGUCCGGCGUCAUGCUGACUAGCCUGGUUCUCCCCCAGGGGACAGGACCCUGUGCCCGCUGCCAGCCUCAGGCCUUCCAUGCACUGCACAAGGCCCAGCACCGCCAUGGCCUCCCACGGAGGCCCUGGGACCCUGUGGGUGGCCUUGUUCGCCUCCCGCCAGCCUCUGUCUACCUCACAGAUCCAAGUGUGAAUGCCAGCGGCAGUUCCCCACUCAUAUCAAGGGAGUCUAACACUAUGUCCAGACCAGAGGUCGGGCCCCUGAAAGGGCCAGGUGCAGGGCCCAGGGACACUGGCUACCUCCUGACCCCUCAGAGCCCAGCUGGCAGCCACACCAGGCUGGUGAAGCCUCAGGGGCACCAGCUGGCACCAGGCAUCCUCCGAUGGGGCUGUCCACUUGGGCUCUGCCUCCUCUUCUGUGGAACGGGGUGGGUGCAUCUGAAGGACCUGAGGGGAGGUGGAGCUGGGCCUGUGGAGAUCCACCCCAGGCGUGUGUGCAGAGACGGCGGUGGGCCGGGCCCAGGCCCCGGGACCCCUGAAGGGGACAGGACAAGCCAUGUGCUGGAGGUGGGCACAGACACAGGCAGGCCAGCCUGGGAGGGCACAGGCUCAGUGUGGGCAGUCUCCUGGAAGCUCAUGCUCCAGGGCCAGUGGCUUUACUUGGGUGCCCUCCACUGUCUUCCAGAAGAUGGGGACCCCCUUCCCAAUCCUGAGGACUGCACACUGGUGAGGAGCUGGGUCGGUGUGCAAGUCUUAGCUGAGCUCAAGACUGGGGUCCUAAAUAGAAGAAAGAGUCCUGAGACCCUGACCUGGAAAACUCAGGGCGAGGAGGAGAGGCAUUGGCACCCCAGGUCUGCGCUCUGGGAGGGGCCGCCGCCAGGCCCAAGGCAGAGCUGGCUGCAGAGGCUGCUCACCACCCGAGCUCAGACUCGGGGGCGACCUCACCCACCUAGCCGCCAGAUCCCGCCACAGAUGCUUGAUGUGGGGACUCAAGCCCUUGUCCAAGGCUGCACCAGCCCCCUCCUGACCCUCUGCCCUGCUGCAGGGCGCCAUGAGGCUGCUUGCUGCACCUGCUAUCUGAAGCCACAGCUGGAGGCAGACACGCAGGGCAGCUGGGCCAGGGCUUCAGUGUUCAUUCCGCAGGUAACUGAGGACUACAGAGCCCCCGCCUGAGGACACUGCCACCCUGUCAGCACCGGGCGGCACUUCCUCAGCACAAGCGAGUGCCCCUUGCAGUGGGCCUGGGAUGACUUUGAGGGGCUCUUCCAUCUGGCUGACGAGACCAUCACCCACCGCCAUCAGUAGGCCACCAACAGGGGGCGCUGGGAGCCAGAGUCCUCACGGCUUAGCCCCAAACUUCUUCCCGUCUCUGAAGGGCCCAGUCUUCUCUGGCAACCCCUGCUCUUGGUCCAGCUGCAGGACACACCCCUCCUCUGUGUGCUGGUGGCUGCUGACCUGUAUGCGCAGAUGCACGGGCUGCCUGGCUCACACCAGACUGUGUUCAGGGGACGACUGAAGUUCCUGCCACUGCCUGGCCCCCACCACCUGGGGACCCCCUUCCCAAUCAUGCUGGUAACCUGGAGCUGGCUCGGGCCUCUGCUAAAUUUGGUGAGGUCCCUGGCAGUCGCCCCAGCACCCCAGGCUGCCACCCAAGGACCUGACCCUGUCCUCGGCCUGGGAGGCAGGAGGAGCAUGGAGCCAGCUCACUGCCUUGCAGGCCCUCUGACCUUGCCUCCCUCUAGGCUGGGGCUCACGCUCUGGCCCCUCAUAGGCGCUCUCCCUUCUCUCUUCCCCACCCCACCCCAGUUCCCAGGGCAGAUUCUCAGCAAAAAGCCCCACAAACCACUGGGCCUGGGAAGCAGCUAUAGCUCUCAUCUGGGGUUCAGAACAAAUGUCCUGUCUUUGGCAGAGCGAGGAACCAUGGGCCGGAUUAUCCCAGCCAUCGCCACCACUACAGUGGCUGUGGUAGGCCUGCUGGGCUGGGAGCUGUAUAAAGCCUUGGCAGGCAAUGGCCCUCAGCGCCUGACCCAUCUGGCUGAAAACCGCUUUAGCCACUGGGUGCCUCGCGCCCCAGCCAUCCAGAAGUUCCAUCACCCGAGGUGGACCUGUUGGGACCCCCGGACAGUGCCUGCUGGGCGGCCAGAGAGGAGCCUGGCGUGGCCCGCCCAUCUCCAGGAGCAACACGGGCUGAGGGCGAAGAUGCCGCUUCAUGGCUGGGCCCUGCUCCGUUUGGCAGGAUGGUCGCCUGCGCCUGGGAGGUUGGAGGUGGGGGACUUUCCCCCUCCUGGCCCCAUCCGGGCCCCUCACACCUACCUGAAGCUUUCUUCUGCCAAAUGGCGCUGGCAAAUGGGCUGGGGGUGGGGUGCAGGCCCCGUGGGCCCCCCACAGCCCGCUCCCAAGGGACCUGCCGCUUCCUGCCUCCUGCCAGCCCUGCCUGCCGCUCCUAAAAUAGUUUCAGAUGUUUCCUGUCUUGAGCUGCUCCUGCUCCUGCUGGGGCUCCUCAUGUCCCACCAGCACCCUCUAGUCCACGCUCCAUCUGCCACAGCUCAUCUACUCCAUGUCCCCCACUCCGCCAGGAUGAUGGAGCUGGCACAGCAGGUGACAGGCCAGGUGCCAGAGCCCGGGCGCGUGCUCCUGGAGCUCAGCUGUGAGGGCGAGGACACCGCUUUCCCGCCUCUCCCCAGGAGGCACGAGGUGCUCAAUUAA